GUCAUGAUGUCAGGAUUUGCUAACAUGGUUCUGAAUCUUACACACGGUAUGCAGCCAAUUUGGGAUGAAAGGGAGACGCGGGCCUGGUCGCAGAUGGGAUGUUGCGAGUGUCGGUGUUUUGCUUGUGAGCAUCGACCCAUGUAGCAGCAGAGCUUCCACCUGGCCUUUGAGCGCUGAAGAUGCUUCCUCCCUCCGGCAAGUUGUUUUGGUGCACCGACAUGGUGCCCGCUUUCCGACAAAGCCCACCGGAAAAGCCGACAUUGCUUGGCCCAUCCGAACGCAGUUUUGGGAAAGCUAUAAAGGGCACCUCACUCCUGUGGGCUCUUCGCAACUGCAGGACAUUGGAAGUGUCCUUCGCAAUCGUUAUUUGGAUGAUAAGGCAUACUUGUUUGGUGGCGUGCAGAAGAUCGAUGGCACUAGCCUAGCUGUUUACACCUCGAACAUUCAGCGUACAUUGCAAAGUGCUUGGGCCUUUUUGCUCGGCUUCGUGCCCUUUGCUGCCGUGUUCUUUGCCUUUCGAUCGGAGAGAGUCUUUUCUGAUUCAGCCCGACGCGCCGCGGGAGUCCCGAUUUAUAUCGAAGACGCUGUGGGUUCAGAUGACAGGCUUUUUCAUGAGUGGCGCCUGGAUGAUAAAUAUGAAGAAUGGAGGAUGCAAAACCUGAGGCGCUCAAGAUUUCUUCAAGACAUGUCUUGCGACAGAGAGUAUCAUAAACUCCUUGACAAGCUCUUCAAGUGUAGCAAAGAUGAACGGCUUUGUCCAUCACAAAGUAUGAUGGAUAGACUCAUUGCGGCAAAGGAUCUGGACACACAGGUGGCCAUUGAAGAAGCUCACAAUCGCCCAGUGCUCGUCAAUGAAGAGGGGAUUUCCUUGAACACUCAUGAACGCCAGUUGCUUCAGGAGAUAGGCAAUGAAGUCAAAAGGCGAUGGUAUGGUGCAGCAUCAGGCCUCAGAUGCGACUCCUAUGGAAAGAAAGGAGCUGGAUAUUUGGCGCACAAAAUCUGGCGACACAUGCAGCAACGAGCAGAAGGAAAAUCACACCUGAGAUUUGUCCAAAUGUCAUGUCACGACACCACUUUGGCUGCAUUAGCAACCCACCUUGGUCUUGAGCUGCCAAUGAUAGGCUUUGGAGCCUUCUUGGUCUUUGAGUUGCAUAGCGACGGAGACACCCAUUGGAUAAAGACCUACUACAACGCGACACCAACAGAGGAAACAUCCUAUUCACGACUGAAGUCCUUGGCCUUGCCUUUGGGUGAAGAGCGGCUUGUAAAGGUGAGAAAUUGUGCGACUGGGAGCGUCACCUUGGGGGACUUCGCCUCACAUUGUGAAAUACCAGGUGUGGAAGAGGCAUUUCAAUCCUUUCUGUCCUUGUGCUGCGAUUCUGGCAAAAGGCCAACGCGCAAGGCAUUGACCAACCUUUUGCAAAAUGGAGCUGGUAGUCUCAAGUGGAUGAGUUUUGGCACAUGGCAGGAGAGAUACGGCGAAGCCUUCCGCUGCAUUGACAAAAACAAUGAUGGAAAGCUGAGCUGCAGCGAAGUCCAAAGUGCUUUGUCUGAGUGGGGCUACAGCGUUUCGAGAGAAACCUUGGAGAGACUAUUUCGUUUGGUUGAUUCAGAUCCUGAACACGACGGGUUUGAUGAAGAAGACCUUCAUCUUACCAUGUCUGCAUUGGUUGGAAUUCGAGGGGGGUUGCAUGGCCAGAGCAUCAAAGUUGAGGCUUAGAGCUGGCCAGGUUGGAGGCCAUCGCUAGAGUAGGUUCCUUUUGCUAUUAGGGUGGAGGUCAUCGCUAUUAUAUAGGUUGGAGGAUCAAGUGUGUAUUCUUUUGUUUCAUAGACAGCGAGAACCUUGGCGGUCACUGCUCUUGUGCACAGAACCGUGUUGCGAGUCUCGUUGCAGCCUGAUCCAGCUACGCCAUCCUGCAUUUUUGCAGGACGUUGCAGCCAAUGAGCGCCUGUACUUUGGUAUUGGCUGAGAAAAGGUCCU